AUGGCCGAGGAGCAAGAACCAAUGAAACGGGUCGCCAUCGUUGGCAGUGGUUGUUCUGGCCUAGCCGCGCUCUGGGCCCUCAACAGGACACAUCAUGACGUCUAUCUCUAUGAGGCUGCCGGGCGUCUCGGUGGUCACACCAACACAGUCAAGUGGACUCGUGGGAAAUACACCACGAUGGUCGACACGGGCUUCAUUGUCCUGAACACUGCUACCUACCCCAACUUCAUCAACUUUCUCAAAAAAGUCGAUGUCCCCACAACGCCAACGGCAAUGACAUUUGGGAUCUCUCGAGAUCACGGCGUGCUUGAAUGGGCCGGCUCAAGCAUCGACGCUCUGUUUUGCCAGAGACGAAACCUCUUCUCGCCGAGAAUGUGGCGUAUGGUCUUUGACAUUGUCCGCUUCAAUCAAUUUGCUCUAGAUUUGUUAGUUGAUGACGACUUGGGAACCACAGGGGCUUUGUCUGAGAAGUCAUUCACUCCUGAGGAGACUAUCGGCCAAUAUCUAGCUCGAGAGGGCUACUCGGAUGCAUUCCGAGAUGACUACCUCAUCCCCAUGACGGCUUGUGUAUGGAGCACAGGUCCCGACAAAUGCGCUCUGGAGUUUCCCGCUGUGACCCUGGUUCGGUUCCUGUAA